AUGGUCCUUGAAUAUUGGCGUCCUGAAAAUACAAAGGAUAUCCUUGUGAUAUAUGGACAAGAAGCAGAAGAGUGGGCUCUGUAUUUAAAAUCUCUUUUUGGACACAUAGUGAAUGAAGGAGGAAUCUUACUCUACAAUCUAGAGGCCUCAUCUUUCAAGCACCAGGAGCUAUUCUCUUUACCCUGCUAUAAAUGUAAACUGCUGAUACUAUCAUGUGGACUUCUUAACUGCCUGAAUCGAAAGAGAAGUUAUUUUCUGGAGCAAGUUCUGAAACCUCCGGAUAAUGUGGUGAUUCUGCGUUGUGGGGUGGAGAAUUCAGAGAUUCUGUAUGAAAUACUGGCCUUAGAUGGAGGCAGCAAAGAGAUUUCCACUGAUCAGGAACCUGAGGAGUAUCUCUCUGUUGUUACUGGAAUAAUUCAACCAGAUCACCAGACUAGCUCUGUUAACUUGUCAGAUGUCAGGGGAGCAUCAGAAAAAACAGACCUCACUUUUAAAACAGAGGUACUUUCUGAAACUUCAAAAACUAAUCAGCAGUCGAUAUUGGUGCUUCCCAGAAGAAUAUCAUGCGAGAAACCCAGUGAAAUAUUCAUUUUAUUGAAAGAUGAAAUAGAUGAUGAAACUUUAGAAAUUGAAUUCAUAGCAAAUAAUCAACAAAUUAAGACACAACCAGCCUCUUGGAAUAAGAAAGUUAAGUACAUGAAAGCCUUAGAUUUUCCUGCUGGCCCUGUAUAUGUAAAUGUCUACUGUGGGGGAGUCAUUAAGACCACAACGCAGAUCGAGUACUACAGUGCACUAGAGGAGAUUGAGUACAUUUUGAAGAAAGUGGCUGACCCAAUAGCUUUCACUUGUCAGGCUUUUAAAUUUUCUUCUGUAGAGAAGCUGGACAAUGUUCUGACUUUGUUAUUGAAGAGCAAAAUACCUGCUUAUGAACUCAUCCCAUUCCAAAGAGAAGACAAGCAACAUCAACAAGCUAAUAACCAUUGGGAAGAAUUUCCUACUCUGCUUCACUGUGCAGCCAGAUUUGGAUUAAAAAACCUUGCAAAAUUUCUACUCAGUUGUCCGGAGGCUACAUGGGCUUGCAAAAUAACCAACAAAUAUGGAGAUGACCCAGCAAGUAUCGCUGAGAAGCACGGGCACCGGGAACUAAGAAGUUUAUUCAAAGAAUUGUCA